AUUUAUAUUUGGUCUUAAUUGGUAUACUUACAGUAUAUUUCGGUAUAUUUGGGACUGUCAGGUGGUAUAUUUCAUUAGUGAAAUCCGCGGCCAAAUAAACAAACAAAAAAACAAAAAGAAAUGUCAAAACCGUAUGGCCUAAUCAUACCGGGGCAGCAAAAGAAGGAGGCUGCCCGGCCGGCAAAGCCGCCCACCAAACCGUCCGUAUUCGACGAGAGCAGCGACUCCGACGACAGUAAGAAUGCCCCACAAAUGCGCCCCAAAGCCGGCGUGACUGGCGGACCAAGUGUAAUGGAGCGUCGGGUGGCACGCCGCAUGCAGGAGAAGGCCCUGGCCGAAGAUCCCACCAUAUUCCAGUACGAUGAGCUCUACGACGAAAUGGAGAACAAACGCGACGAGGCCAAGCAGAGCAAGAGUCAGGAGCCCCGCAAGGCCAAGUACAUCAACCGCCUCAUGGAGCACGCCGAGCGGCGGAAGCUAGAGAAGGAGCUGCGUGUCGAGCGGCAAGUGCAGAAGGACCGCGAAGCUGAGGGCGAAAUGUACAAAGACAAGGACACCUAUGUGACAGCAGCGUAUCGCAAAAGGCUCGAGUCGAUGCGCGAGCUCCAAGAAAAGGAACAGCGGGCCGACUACCUUGAGGCCAUAGGCGAUGUGACCAAGCAAAAGGAUCUGGACGGCUUCUACAGACAUUUGUACGAGCAAAAACUGGGCACCACAGAAACGCAGGUGGCCAAACCGAAGACAGCACCAUCCACCGAGGAAGUGGCCUACAAGCCCAUCAAAGCGGAAGUGCCAAAGCACCGCAGCUACAGAAAACGCCGUGCCUCUGACGAUGAAGAGAAUCAGCCAUCCGCCUCUCCUGCCAAGCCAACCACAAUUCCAGAUACGUCUGACAACAAGCCAGGCAAUGCAGCCAGCUCGCUGGCGCACUUGAACAACAACAUAGAUGCGGACUCUGAUUUCAGCAUCGAUGAUUCCAGCGAAGAUGAGGUGGAGGAUGAGAAGGAAAAGAACAUGAAGCAGGCGCAGGCCAAGAAGCAGACCAAGAAGGAAAGUAAGUCAGAGCAGUCUAAGAGUCAAGACCCAGCCAAGAAGCGGAAAACGGAGCAGCCAGAGAAGCCCGAAGAUGUCUGCAAGGAAGCGAUGGCAGAUCCCAAGUCCAAAUCAAAGGAUGACGAUGGGGAUAAGAAGGAUGCUGAUGUGAAGAACCUGCCCAUCCCCACGGUAACCAAGCCGACCGUCGACCGUACUUUGAUCUGGCGCAAGCGGACCGUGGGCAAGGUCCUUGAGGAGGCACUGGCCCGCUAUCAGGUGCGCAAGAAGUCCCGUCAGGGCUGAAUGCAAUUAGAAAAGUUUUGGCAACGCAUUAAAAAGGGGAAAUAACCGAAACU